AUGUUCUCCUCGAAGCACCGUGCCGAUUGUGAGCGGAAGCAGCAGGAAAUUAAGAACCAGAGACAGUAUCUUCCCCCGAUAUACACGGAGCCUCUCACAGAGUUCGACGAGAAGAUCCUUGCACUGUCGCUAUCACAAGUAGUAUCUUCGUGUAACUCGAAUCACCUCCAGCCCUGCGACAUACUUCAUGCAUACGGCAAAAGGGCCAUUCUUGCACAUGACUCAGUCAAUUGCCUCGCCGACAUCAUGUUCGACGAGAUCAGGGAGGACUGCGUUCCGGCUGACAAGCCGCUCUCGGGCAUAGUUGUAAGCCUGAAGGAUUGCAUCGACGUUGCUGGGCACGACACAACACUCGGGUACUCCUCACGCGCUGGACAUCCCAAGGAGACGUCUGCACCGCUAGUGCGCCUCCUGCGAGAUGCUGGUGCACUGAUGCCAGUCAAGACGACGGUCCCUGCGGGCCUGCUAUCCAUCGAGACCAAGUCCGACCUCUUUGGCGAGACCGCAAACCCAUACAACACCGCGUACAGCCCCGGCGCAUCGACCGGCGGUGGGUGUGCAUUGCUUGCGUAUCAGGGCAGUGUCGUUGAGGUCGCCACGGACAUCGGGGGGAGCGUGCGUUUUCCCGCGGGCUGGUGCGGCGUAUACUCGGUCAAGGGGUCCGUAGGCCGCUUUCCGGCGUAUGGCUGCAUGACCUGUGCACCCGGUAACGAGGGUGCGCCGACCGUGACUGCGCCAAUUGCACGCACGCUCGAUGACCUGGAGGAGUUCUGGAAACGUGUAGUGCAAAUGGAACCCUGGCGGUACGACCAUACCUGUAUACCGCUCGCGUGGCGUCCCGUUGAUUUCGUACUGAAAGGCCGGAAGGCGAAAUGGGGCGUACUCUGGUCCGACGGUCUGAUUCCACCUUCGCCUGCGGUCGUGCGCGGGAUGCGAGAGUCAAUAGACGCCCUGAGGAGAGCCGGGCACGAAGUAGUUGAUUUUUUCUCUCCAUCAGUGGACCCCGUUGAAGGGCUCAAGAUCGGCUUCCAGCUAGCCUUCUGCGAUGGAGGUGCCAGCCUCUCCACACCUCUACGCCGCGGCGAAUUCUGCAAUGGUGCACAGGCGCUAACCGUUCAGUUGGUCCAAAUGCCGUAUUUCAUGAAACUGAUUUAUGCUCUCUGGCUACGCCUCAUGUCGCGUCCGGCGGGGCGGAACGACCGCUGGGCCGAGCUCAUUGAGGUUCUACAUACCAAGUCUGUGGCGGAGGUGAACGCGCUGAUUGUUGCGCGAGAGGCGUACAAGGCAGCGUGGUUCGCAAGGCAGCAGGAACAGGGAAUCGAUUUUAUAAUUACGCCUGUGCAUGCGCUUCCAGCUAUCCCGCUUGGCAUGAGCGGCGUAGCCACGUUGGUGUCUGCCGGUUCGGCGUUUUUGUUUAAUGUCCUAGAUGUCACCGCCGGCGUCCAGCCGGUUACGCACGUCGACGAGCGACUCGAUCGACUGCCGGCAGACUUCCAGCAGAGUGAUUCGUAUCUGCAGUUGAACGACGCCGCGCGGAGUGCAUGGUCAUUGUACGACGCAAGCGCGAUGCAUGGGCUGCCGGUGGCCGUGCAGGUUGUAGGCGGGCGACUAGAAGAGGAGAAGGUGCUUGCGGGGAUGAAGGUGCUCGAGCGCGCAUUGUGGGAUGCUGGCAAAGGUUUUCUGCAGAAGAAGUUCUGA